UGGUAUACUUCACCACCCCUCCUAUGGGUUUACAAAGAGUUAGUGCAAGAUAUUCUGCUCUGGGAGUGAGACUGCGAGGAUAAGCGGCAGUGUGCUCUCGGAGUAUCGGUGUAUAACACAGUAGAGGCUUUUUAUGUUGCUUGACAUCUCCGAGUGGGAUUGAAUCUCAGAUUUUGCACCUCUUCGUUUUUUUUAUAAAAAAAAACAACAACAAAUUCUAUUUUUCAUUUUUUGCUGUUUUGUGCAAACAUUUGUGCAGUUAUUGAUGGAGCUGCGUGAAGUUGAAUCAUGACGGGACACGAGUGUCUCCUCCUGCGUUCACCUCAUCGGCACCUUCACCUUCACAGGUAGCCGGGUAUAAGCAAAGGGGGGGGGGAAGCCGGGUUUCUCGGGACGUUUACGGGAGAUCACCAUUGAUUUUUCUGUUUGGAUCUCUACUUGUGAAAGGCAUCACAAAACACUGAUCACCUUCCUGGGUUUACCGGGGGACCGACGCUGAUCACCGCAAUCCUCGCAGGUCGCGCCGUCAUUCCCUGUCCAUUCCUGAAGUUAAAUUGGGAGAAAGGAACUGCGACACUAGCAAUGCAGCCUCACAUUAACCCCAGUUUUUGUGCUUUGCAGCUUUUACAUCAAACCUAUUCAUCUGUCUGAUCACUCCGACAGGGGCUUUUUUCCCCUCCUCUCUCUCUCUCUCUUUUCUGGAGCAAAACGCCACAGAGGCAGAGAGGGAUCUCUUUACCUGAAUAAACUCGCAUACGGCAUCAAGGGAUGAGAAGACUAUGAGCUGACACACUCCAGUUUUUCUUCUUUGCUGCAACGGAUUUGGGGUAUUUUCUUGGAAGAUUACUGUCAUCGUGGUCAACACUGCACAGAAGUGAAUAAUUAAACUACAAAGCCUGAAGAGAAAUUAACAUUGCUAUGGAUCUGAAAGACUAUUACCUGUUGGCUGCUCUGCUUGCCUGCAUAUGGCUUGAUCCUUCAAUAGCUCAAGAAUUAAUUUAUCCCAUCAGGGAGGAAUUGCAAGAAAAUGUCCUUAUUGGAAAUAUACCAAAGGACUUAAACAUUUCCCAUACAAAUGCUGCCACUGGAGCAAGUGCAAAUCUUGUGUACCGGCUGGUCUCCAAAGCUGGAGACAACCCACUGGUCCGUGUUCUGAGCAGUACUGGAGAGAUAUUCACAACAUCAAACCGAAUUGACAGAGAGAAGUUGUGCCCCGGUCCCUCAUUUGAGGACAGUGAGUGUUCCUUUGAAAUUGAAGUGGUUAUCCUGCCUAAUGAUUUUUUCAGGCUGAUUAAGAUCAAAAUAAUCGUCAAAGACACAAAUGAUAAUGCCCCCAUGUUCCCGUCCCCUGUGAUCAACAUCUCUAUCCCAGAGAACACUCUCAUUAACAGCCGCUUUGCUAUUCCUUCUGCCACUGACCCAGACACUGGCCCCAACAGUGUCCACAAAUACGAGCUGAUCAAUGGGCAAAGUGCCUUCGGUUUAGACAUUGUGGAGACGCCUGAGGGGGAGAAGUGGCCCCAGCUUAUUGUGCAGCAGAAUCUUGACCGGGAGCAGAAGGAUACUUAUGUGAUGAAGAUUAAAGUGGAGGACGGUGGCAGUCCACAGAAAUCCAGCACUGCCAUUCUUCAGGUGACUGUAACAGAUGUCAAUGAUAACAAGCCAGUGUUCAAAGAGAGUCAGAUAGAGGUGCAUAUACCCGAGAACUCCCCUAUAGGCACAUCUGUGGUGCAACUCCAGGCUACGGAUGCAGACAUUGGGGCAAAUGCAGACAUACAUUACGUAUUUGGAACUCAAGUGUCUCCUGCGACUAAAAGACUUUUUGCAUUAAAUACAACCUCUGGCCUAAUUACAGUACAGAGACCUUUGGACCGGGAGGAAACUGCUAUUCACAAGCUCUCUGUUUUAGCCAGCGAUGGCAGCUCAAGUCCAGCCAGAGCUACUGUUACUAUAAAUGUGACUGAUGUUAAUGACAAUCCACCUAAUAUAGACCUGAGAUACAUAAUCAGUCCCAUUAACGGGACUGUUUUCCUCUCAGAGAAGGAUCCCAUCAAUACUAAGAUUGCUCUCAUCACAGUUUCAGACAGAGACACUGACAUAAAUGGCAAGGUCAUUUGUUUUAUAGAGAAGGAUGUACCUUUCCAUCUGAAAGCUGUGUACGACAACCAGUAUCUGCUGGAAACAUCUGCUCUGCUUGACUACGAGGGGACGAAGGAAUACAACUUUAAAAUUGUUGCUUCAGAUUCUGGAAAACCGAGUUUGAAUCAGACGGCCUUGGUGAGAGUGAGGCUAGAGGAUGAGAAUGACAACCCACCUAUUUUUACUCAGCCAGUCAUCGAGCUGCCCGUCAUGGAAAACAACAAGCGCGACCUGUUCCUCACCACCCUUACCGCUACAGAUGAGGACAGUGGGAAGAAUGCAGAGAUAGUGUAUCAGCUGGGACCGAAUGCAUCAUUUUUUGAUCUGGACCGUAAAACUGGGGUCCUGACUGCAUCUAGGGUUUUUGAUAGGGAGGAUCAGGAUAGAUUCCUCUUCACCGUAACGGCGAGAGAUAACGGAACUCCCCCUUUGCAAACACAGGCAACUGUUAUUGUGACUGUGCUGGAUGAAAAUGAUAACAAUCCUAAGUUCACACAUAACCACUUUCAGUUCUUUGUGUCAGAGAAUCUGCCUAAAUACAGCACUGUGGGGGUGAUAACUGUGACAGACUCAGAUGCAGGAGAAAAUGCUGCCGUCUCUCUCUCUAUUCUGAAUGACAAUGAGAACUUUAUACUAGAUCCAUACUCUGGGGUGAUAAAAUCUAAUGUGUCUUUUGACAGGGAGCAACAGAGCUCCUAUACUUUUGAUGUUAAGGCUGUGGACAGUGGCAGGCCUCCUUGCUCCUCAGUCGCAAAGGUGACCAUCAAUGUCAUUGAUGUUAACGACAACACGCCAAUUGUCAUCUAUCCACCCUCAAACACAUCUUUCAAGCUUGUCCCUCUGUCCUCUAUCCCGGGAUCUGUGGUAGCUGAGGUGUUUGCUGUGGAUGGUGACACAGGGAUGAAUGCUGAACUGAAAUACACUAUUGUGAGUGGGAAUAACAAGGGUUUAUUCAGAAUCGACCCUGUCACUGGAAACAUUACACUGGAAGAAAAGCCUGCAAUAACUGACAUAGGCUUACACAGAUUAGUGGUCAAUAUCAGUGACCUAGGAUAUCCCAAAUCACUCCAUACCCUGGUGCUUGUAUUUUUGUAUGUCAAUGACACUGUGGGCAACGCAACACUCAUUUAUGAUCUCAUCCGGCGCACCAUGGAGACCCCAAUAGACAGAAACAUUGGUGAAAGUAGCGAAACUUAUCAAAAUGGUGACUAUUUAACCAUAAUGAUAGCCUUUGUUACCGGCGCAUUGGUGGUGAUCAUUGUCAUCUUUGUGACUGUGCUGCUGCGCUGUCGCCAUGCAUCCAGAUUUAAAGCCGCACAGAGAAAAAAGCAAGGGGCUGAGUGGAUGUCACCCAACACAGAAAACAAGCAGAACAAAAAGAAAAAGCGCAAGAAAAGAAAGUCCCCCAAAAGCUCUUUGCUCAACUUUGUCACCAUCGAGGGGAACAAACCAGAUGAUCCUGCCCAUGAACCAAUUAACGGAACCAUCAGUCUGCCCACUGAGCUGGAAGAACAAGGGAUUGGACGCUUUGAUUGGAAUGCCACGCCUACUACCACCUUCAAACCAAGCAGUCCCGACCUGGCUCGGCACUACAAGUCAGCCUCACCACAGUCGGCCUUUCAUCUUAAGGCCGACACACCUGUAUCAGUCAAGAAACAUCAUGUGAUCCAGGAACUCCCAUUGGAUAACACAUUUGUUGGGGCCUGUGACACCCUUUCCAAGAGAUCCUCCACGAGCUCCGACCACUUCAGUGCCUCAGAGAGCAGCUCCCAAGGAGGGUUCAAAACGAAGGGGCCCAUGCACACCAGACAGCAGAUAACGGUCAUCAUCACAGCAAAAAUGCUGCCAACGUGAAAAAAAGCAGACGUUUCACCUCUCUUCUCAUAACAGUGUUUUCAUGUUUUUUGUUUGUUUCUUUAUUUUAAUGUGUAUUGUAAUAUCACUAAAGAUUUUGUAACCUAUUCAACACCUGCUGCUGCAACAAUAGUCAAUAAUUAGACCGCUACAGUGGUAUUGUGAAUGUCACUGUGAGCUUUGCCUCAUCAUCUAUGCUUGAAUUAAAUGCCUCCUCUCAAAUCACACUAGCAAACUGAGUAAAGCUCGUCUGGAACUUGAUACACAUCCAAUUCAAAAAGGAUUAGCCAAUAAUGAGCCUCAAAUUUCAACGUAAUCCAUGCUGCUUUUUAUCAAAGCCUUAUUAAUUUUUCUGCUAAUAAAGCAGCACUACACAACACACAGUUAUAAUCUAAUGGAACACACGUGGACAAAAACAGGAAAGAGAGAAACCGCAGGGAGAGAAGUGGAAAGCGGUGAGAUCAGAGUCUGUAGGUCAGGCUUGACAUGUGGUGGUACUGAACCUUUAGGUGGCACUGUUGCGCUACAUGGCACAGCCUGGCACUAUGCCAACUUGCAGUGGAAUGCAAGAGAGGACAAGACAGGAAUGAAACCUAUGUUAGAGUUCUUAGUGAAAUACUCUCACCUAAUGAUGCAGAGGCUGCACAGGGGAAGAUUGAUAAUGGCAGUUGUCGAUCUGAGUGAUAAGAACUAUCCGGAGGAGAGAGUAGAAUUACAGCGAUGACACUGUGCAACUCCUGCAGAUGCAUACCUCCGGGUCACUGCAUCUGGGAUGCAUUUAAUGUGCUUCUGUGUGAGAGGUAGCAGUCAAAAGAGGCAUUCAUUGUGGCGUCACUCACCAGUUGAUGGUGGGGUGCAGUUGGCGAUGUGAGAGGGAUGUGAGAAGAGACGAUAAAAUAGGUGAUGGUGGUUGCGCCUGGGGGCCUGGGGGGGUGGAUGAGGGUUGGGGUGCUCUAUUCCAGCCCUAGAAUGGGACAUAUGAGAUAUGACACUAUACUGUAAGCACAACUUCAUUGAUCUGCUCAGUCAUCCCACAAUUCCAUACAAGAUUUACUGCAAUCAAUAAUUCUAACAAAUGAUUCAAAGCAGCACACAAACAGAGCCAAUGUGUUCUCUACAGUGCCACUUACGAUGUAUCUUUUUGUUCACUGAGCUUCAUGAAGUUUGAUUCAUGUCUUUAGUAGACAUGUCGUACACAAGUACGACAUAAAUGGAACCUUUACAAACAACAUAAAUGGAACCUGUGCAAAUCUUUACGCAGUUCAGUUGCCAAUCAGUCUUACUUCUAUGCCAACACCAAUUGUAACAGUUUGAACUUGGUGAUACAAUCUAAUUGUUUUAUAGCCUAUGAAAACCACAUUAAUGGCCAAUAAUGUAAAAGAGGUUAUGCAUAAUUCCACAAUCCACAUUAAUUCAUACAUGACCUAAUGUUGUGAAAUAACUUUAAAAAAUGAACUGAUCAUCUAAUGGAUAACAACAAAAUGUACAAUUUUCAGUGCUUGCUCUGAAUCUUUUCAGCUUCAGCUACAUCAAACAUUCAGUUUGGUCUUGUUUUAAUAAGCUCAGUCAAUGUAAAGACAUUCUUUUUUUAACAUGGAAUUGUUGAUAUAAUACAACAUAUCAUAGUUUUUUUUUCUAAACUCAUGAGUGCAGUUUUAUCUAGAUGGUAAAUAUAACCAUUUAAGAUAAAAAAUAGAGGAGUUGCCUCAAAAAAAAAAGAAAUCUGAACAGAUUUUAUUCUGUGCUAUUAGGGCAACUUCUGAUAAGCAUAUAGUGGAAAUGUAAUACUGAAGACUUGAAGUACACAGUGCCAGACUGUUUAACCAAAUUCAAAUGUAGUAUUUACAUUUUAAAAAAUCUAAUAAGACACCCUCGGGUGUAGUGCAUGAUUGCUGUAUAAAGAUUUAGCAACCUCAAAAAUAUGUAUUUUAUAAAGCUUAAGGAAAAAAUAAUAAAUCUCAUAUCUGUGCAACAACAGCAAAGGGCAGACGUUUCCCAAUCACAUUUUAACCUAAAAUGAUCUGUUUAUUGUAUAUAAUUUGAACUGUCACGUAGACAAAAAAUCAGAUCUCUAAUUUGGGUCUAAAUUAGUCUCAGAUUUUAUGAGGUUAGAUUAAUAAUUUAGUGCUUUUGGAAAACAAGACAUAAAAGUGAAAAAGGAUUUUUAAAAAUAAAAUAAGUAUUCCUCGUAAAGUUCUAACAACACUUCACCUAAAAACCCAUAUGGCUGUAUUAUUUUGUUUUGUAAAGGUCUGCAACUUUGCCCAGCAUGAAGUUCUCAAUAAACAACUGACCUGCUCAGAUCACAGAGACAGUGAGCUGCAGAAACCAAAACAGCCUCUCUCUUCAUUUUCUUACAUUUAAGCAUCAGAGUAAAUGUGGAAAACACUUUAAAAGUUUUAAAUACCAAUUUUCACAAAAAAAAUUGCAGUUUAAUUUAUUUUUUUGAUCAGUUAAAUAUUACCAACAUUUUCAGCAUCUCCAAACUCGCAAGGGGUCACGGAUAAUUUCAUCAUAUCUUCACUUUGGCAGAUUGUCAACAUGUUCAAAUCCUUCACAAUCUAAUACUGUCAUGUCUCAUUCCUUUUUUUCAUCUAGAGUUGCGUUACAUUAUCUCAAAAAAUGCAGUGUAGACCCAGAGCCACUCUAGGGUCUUUUCUGAGGGAUACUAAAAAAAAAUGGUACUAGUUGAGUUAUCUAUUUAAUAGUUUCCCAACAAACAUUUUUCUUGUCUUCUAUUUCUUUUUGAUUUGUUGGAUUCAGGUCAAUAUUUUUUUUUCUAAUUUCCACACUGGAAUUAAUUGUCUCAGACAUAGAUGUUUAAUGAAUGAGGAGCUGCUCUCUGCAUUAGUGAAAGGUUGAAUACCUCAGUGCUAACUGAAACACAAAACAUCCCUGCAGGAUUAAUCAGAUGGAUGCCUCGUACAUAAAAGUAAAUUCAUCAAAUUAAAAAUCUAUCUUUAUAUUGUCAUCCAUGAUCUCCUGAGACUAUUCAGAUUCUGAUAUGGAGUUUCUCAUAGUUACUUUAAAAAUUCCUCUUGUUACUGAAGUUUACAAUCAGGUUAAAAUAACAGACCUGGCAAUCUAACAUUAAAGUGUUGCAAUAUGGUAAAAAAAAUCUAGUUUUUUUAUCCUUAUCUUGAAUGUUUUCUACACUGCCAACCAUCUGUACUGAUAUUUGUAUGUCAUUACCACAGACAAUUACCACACAGAGUGCAGUGCAUUCAUUUCUGACAUUUCUAUCAGCAUAUUGAAUAAAAAAACAAAAAGAAGAUUAGCACAGUUUCUCUUUAAAAGCAAGAAUGAAAAUAGCACCAAUUACAUUGGAGUGAAACCUUAAGCAGACAGUAAAUCCAAAAAGCAAUAUCAUCGGAUUAUCAUAUCAUAUUCCGUGCAGAGUAACUGGGCUUUAGGGGGGGAAAAGAAGAUAAGAAUGGCAAUAUUGAAAUUUUCUUAUAUACAAAUAGAUAAUAAACUGUGUCAAUAUGUCUUAAGGUUAUUACUAGUUACUUUUUUGGUUGAAAAAUUGGAGUUGAUGUAAUAUACUGAAAUUGAAGUCAGUAGGGUGCAAUUUGUUUCAUUCUAUCCAUCACAGAGGUGAAAGAUAGAAUGAUGAAAUUUAGCAUUUACCUUUCUUUAACAAACUAACAACAAACAUCCAUUGUCACCUGAAGUUAACAGGAAAUAACCUUUUCCCUAAGAAUUAAAAAGCAAUUUUCUUUCAGUUUUCAACAGUCACUUCUGUGCAGCAUCAGUGCCAAUCAAUAACAAUGAAAACUGAUGGAAAAAACGGGAGCAGGGAUAAAAGACAAAGAAAGCAACAGCAAAUCCUGACCUUCGUUUCUUGGAGCAUAGAGCAUGGAGCAUGUAGGGAAUCAUAAUAACAGACAUUUACAACUGUGCUAUCACAGACAAAUGCCUUGUGGUAUAAGGUUUAUACCAUGCCCAAACUCUGUUGAGAGCAGUGGAAGCAAUCUUGGCCUACCCAUUCUUUUUUCUUGCUUAUUAUUUACCCUCUAGGGACCCACAUUAGUGUAAACAGCACUGGAGUAAAAAAAAAAGGAAGCUUAAAAAAACUGUCCUAGUUUCACAAGGCAUCACAAGCAUCUAAGAAACCAAAUAUAAUCAUCACCAUCAGUCUUCCUCUCAUCCUGUCAGUAGUCUUAGGCAUAGCUAUGGUUCACUAUCAUAGCAUGAGCCCAGUGGCUAUGCAUUAACUAUGUGCUCUGCAUCAGAUCCCAGGGCUCAUGUUGGCGUGGUUGAGUGGGGGUUAGUAACAUUGUAAAAAUUAAAACUCAAAUAGAUACAUGUGUAGAUUUUAACAAACUCCAAACAUGUUUUAUCUCCUCUGCUUUUGCAGCAUGAGAUCUGUGUGAUGAGGCAAAAAUAAUUAGCAGGUAUAACUUUGUCCUUAAAAUCCAUGUGUUAAGGUCUUAAUUUUUUUAAGGGUGUGUUUAAUUUCUGCUACACAGCAGAGAAGAGGUAGUGCUCGCCUUUUAUUUUACUUGCACUUCUGCAACGUAUUUCUUUACAUCACAAAUCAUGCCUUAGCUUUGGGGACAGAGACCAUCGCAUCUCUCUUUUUAGGAAUUAAAAAGAGAGACACUCUUUUUAAUUCCAAAAAAGUACAUUUCUUUCGACUUGCCAGGGCUUGUGUAUCACCUUUUGUUCUAUCGCGACCACUAUACCAAAAGCAGAUGUAUGUUGCACUAUAAGUAACAAAUAAUGAGCAGGCUAUUAACUUUUAUACUUGAUGGAGUACACAGAUUAAAGCAUGGAGUGUUAUAAAAACCUGCGAGAGAGAAACAUGACUGCUUAGCUCAGUAAUUCUGCCGUUGUCUUGUCGGUACAUUUAAUGAAUGGACAUUCAAUGCAAACAGGAGUUUAUACAGACCAUUGUAAUUAUGGAGCCUUGGGGGAGUCGUCCUUCUUGUGCAGGUUCAUUUGCCACAUUAAUAAGGGGAUUAGUAGUAUGUACGGGGGCUGAUGGCAGCAGGAGAAGUUUGAGAAGAUUAAUGAACUAUGACAAUGUUGCACCUGAGGGGAAAAGUCUGUUGCUAUAUCUUCUGGGUUGUGCUGACACAGAGUUUGGCGGUGGAAGAUGGAGAGAGGCCAGUGAUUGUUGUCGACUGUGAUCAUACAUCCUUCUCCCCAGCUAUCCUGUCACUUAAUCGGGAUAUUCUGUUUGUGAUCUCUAAUGCUUUACUUGCUCCUGAUACUUCUGAUUAAUGACGUUCCAGUGGGUUUCAAACCUUGAAAACAACAACCGACGUGUAAAAUACCAGGUGUUUUUGUGGAUAUGAAUUAGUAAUAACACCGGAUGAAUAAAUAUCAAGACUUUAAUCAAGCAAAUUUGUGAUCUGUCUAGAGCCUGUUGCCGACAGGAGUUUAAUUAUUUAGCAAACUACAGGUAGCUGCAAAAAACAAACAAACAAAAAAACAGAUUGAGUACUGUGUUCUCUUAUUGCUUAAAAUGUAGCAUAUCUCUAAGACAAAUGUAGCUAUCCUUAAACAGAAAGCCAAUAAGUCUGUGAAAAAAGUUUUUCAUCAAAGCCUCAAAUCACCAGAGUAGGAUUUUCAAGACCCUUUGCCGCAGAGAAAUUGUAUUCCUUUAAGAACCUUGUCAUGUACUCUAUGUCUAGGUGGGUAAAAGGAAAUGAAAUGGAUGGCAAGUUUUACUAAGGUAGCAGAUGUGAGUAGAACUAUCUGAGAAGACUUUUGCCCAAGGGUGAUCAUGUUUUGUCUGCAGAAACACCAAAAAUAAAUCAAAACUCCCUGUUGGUGCACUGUUUGAACUCUAGAGUUCAUUUAUAUAGUAUGUUUAUAUUUUUUAUUCUGUUAAAAUUAUAUAUUUAUAUAUUUAUGUAUCAUAUUUAUGUAUUUAUAAUCUUUCUGUUGUUUUUUUUUCUGUUUUUUUUUGCAACCUUGGACAAUAUUUAGACAAAACACAGACAAUGGCAAAUUACCAGGAAUUACAUUUAAUUUCUUUUUUUUCUUUUUUAUUUAUGUGGCAUCUGUGUUUCUAAUAGAUUUUUUUGUCUUAACACAUAGUGACAAAUCUUUUCUCAUUACACAGUUUUUCUCCUCCAAGACACAUGUACUACUAAGUUUUCAUAUUGACAAAUGCUGCACCAUACUGAAUAGUCUUACGUAUGUUUGUGCACAUUAUUAUAUAUAUUUUUUUCUCUUUCUGGUUUUGUUGAUUGUCCAUCAUUCUUGGCUGGCAACCCAUUUAUCUCAAAUUCAUCAUUCACUUGUGCUUUGUGAUAUUGCUGCACCAAAAGUCUGUGUGGCUUUUGUGGGGCUGUCAUUACUUAAUUCAACUUCAUGUUUUCACCAAUCUGCAAACUGCAUUUCCCAUUUUUUUUUUCUGAAGCAAUCAAUCAAGCUGACAUACUAACCUCGUAAAUUUUCUAACACUGCAUGACAAGAAAAACAAAAACUGCUGCUUAAGACAUGUACAGUGUGGUAUUAACAUCUUAUUUGAAUUCUCUUUAAAUACCAAUAAAAAAAAAAUAAGAGUAGAGGGUGGAAGAAAAUGUUUCUUGACUGCUUGCUUGUCUGCAAAAAAAAAAGUUUUGUAAAAAAAAAAAAAGAAAAAGAAAAAGGAAAAUGAACUUUUGAUGCUACUUCAUUGUUUGAAUGCCCUUCACCCUCCCCGACGACCCAUUUCUUCUUUCCACUCCUCACUUGGUCCCUCCACCCACCCUUUUCCUUCCCCAUCUCCAGCCCUAACCUUUCACCCACGCUCCUAUCUGGGUCAAUGCCAUUACAUGCAAUGUUAAAUCGCCAACAAUGCGGGUGUUUUCACCUUUGCGUUGUGAUCAUUAGUAAUAGAUGAGGGUGGCUUGUUUUCAGGACAUGGACUUCGUUCCUGUUUUUGCUGUUCUCUGUUUAUCAUUAGAGGAGCAGCAGUGCCUGAGCAUUGCUGUGCUGUACGUCCUGACAUGACAAACCCCAAAGGGAUACCUUGUCAGCUGGGUUGUCGUGUCAAGUAACUCACAGUCACAAGCUGUCACUGAGGUGUGCCAGUGUCCAGACUAAUAGUCGUGAUAAUGGCAUUGCCAGCCAACUUCUUUUCCUUCCCCAUCCUUCCACACCCCCAUUUUGGUUUUUUUUUUGUGGGUUUUUGUUACACUGGACAUUAAAUGUGACUGCCAUUGACUGCUUUGCCAUCGGGCCUCGUAGCUCAUAAAGAAUCGGGUCUGUAACUCUCAUCAAUGUAAAUCUUUCUUGUAUAUAUAAUGUUUCAUUUAAAUUGAACUCCUGGUAAUCUUGCCUAAUGUGCUGUGUUAAACGAUAAUGGGCUUGUAAUUAAUAUUGAUGAUUUUAUUUUGGUAUUAGUCAUUUGCCUUGCCUUUCCUUUUACUUUUGAAUCUUACCCUUUAUGGGUACGCAUCAAUUACAUCUGGAAUCAACUCUUACAGUUUUUAAGUACACUGCAACUCCUUUUUCUGUUAACAAAAGCUUUACCUGAACAGUGCUAUUUUACCUUUAUAAUUUCAUAAUAAAUGUUUCAAAGAGACCAUUUCUCACUUGUUUUGACUUUGUCUGUUUGUUCUCUAUUUCUGUGAUGUUAAGAAGUUUCUGUAGUAUCUAGGCUGCCAUUUGUGCAUCCCUUGGCAUUUGCCUGCAAAAGAAGAACAGCAGCUGAUUAGACUGCCAAGUGGUAUAUCUGGAGAGGGAGAGUUUUUGGUUUGACUUAUCUGUAUUUUUGAAAAUGACUCAAAGAGAAACUGAUACGCAAGCAACAUAAUAACUAACUAACAAUAAAAUUCAAUAGUGUUUGCUGGCACACUAAGUGUUGAGCUUUGUGGAUUUAAAUUCAUGAAUGUCAGUGGGAUCAAGUUGGCAGUUGUUAAAAACUUCUGAUGCUGAGGGUUUUAUUCAAAGUUGGGUCUUUUUGUCUCAGAAACAAAAGACUUGCUGAGAUUUUGUAGCAUUUAUAACUUUUACUUUCAUCCAUACCCAUAACGGGUGAGAAAGAGAUUUUUUUUCUAAUGUCAUUAUUUGUGCUAAACAGUUUAU